UCGUUCCCUCGUGCGAGAGGGGCUGCAAGAUAUCAGAAACUGAUCCGCUCGACUAUCUGUUUACCGGAGGUUUUCUUUACCGCGCCUUUCUCCUAGUUACAGGACCUAGUUAGAUUUUUUUAAAAUAUAUUUAAAAUUGUUUUACGAUUCUCUAACCUCCAGUUGCGGAAUUUAUUCGAAUUUGGUUCGAACAGAUGUUCGACAGGUGCUCGAAGCGUCGGAGUGUUCGGCCGUGAAAAUUGCGUCACGAGCGCGCAACUUUAAACGGUACCGCGUCGCGCGCAAUAUCAUCGUUUAAAUCGAUCGCGCGUAUCGACCGCCUCUCGAAUGAGCUCGAUUGUUUUCUCGAUCCUCUGACUCGGCGCGCAGCAUGGCGUCGCUUUAUGGCGGUCAUGACUACUACAGGAAGAUGUUCGAGCUCCAGGAGAAGCUGCGAAAGAGCGAGGAGGAGAGAAUACGUUUGGAGGAACGAUUCAACGUGCUCGUGCGGGAUUCUCGUAACAGACACGAGACCUGUAUGAAUCGUUUGCGCAUGAGAUACAUACAAUAUAUGGAGGAACAACGUACGAGAGACGAGAGGAAUCACAAGUUGCUCGCGGCGCUGGACAAGGUCAUGAACAAGCUCGCGCUUAUCAGCGCGAAGAAAGACAGGCUCAACAUUCUGAGGAAACAAUACGAGACUCAUCUGCUUCGCGUUUACGCCAAUCGCCCUGCGCCCGGUAGCGUUACCGGGGACAGCGGCAUUGCGAGCCAAAACGAGGACAAGUACACGAAGAAAAUCGCGGCGGCGCAGCCAAAUUUCGCGGAAACAAAGAACGUCUCAUCGCCGCGGGUACAUCCGGGAGCGUCCGUUUUUCACCCGGACCAGUCAAGGUCUAUCCACGCGUCCAAAUUCCACGAUCAGUCCGUUGUAAACGGCGCUUUGUUAAAUAACUCUCCGAUCUUCGUAUCCACGCCAACAGGUGCGUCCCUCGAUUAUCGUCAAGGCUCGUAUGUUCCGCAAGCAACCCAAGACUACGUCUCGCCGAUCGGUCAGUCAUCGAGCGAUCGGCCGAUUCGUCAGGUUCACCCUCAGACGAUCACCGUGUCGACCGCUCGUCCGUACUCACAAACAAUAUCCGGUUUCGAUGGGAUCGCGUCCCGCGGUCUUCAAGAUAUUCCGAACAUCAACGUUCGCGUUCCGUAUGAAACCGUUCCGGUCUUGUCAGAGCAGCAGAUUCGGCCCGACGACGUUUCCGUUAAUCGAUUCUUCAAGGAGCACGUGGAGGCGGUGCAGGCCGCUUCCGGUCUCUCGCAAUUUCCUGCCGAAAAGAUGACGAGAUAUGAAGAAACAUCGCCCACUUCGCGACAGUUUCUUUCUCCAGCUUCGUUUCCGUAUCGCGAUGCCAACGCGAUGCCGUCAAGUCCGCGAUCGCAGAUGAGAAGGUACGAUAUGACCGGCACUGAAGCCGUCGAGCCCACUUCGAUCACCGCGAAGUCGAGCAUGUAUCGAAUCGGCGACGUCGAUCCGCUGCCGGGAUACAUGGAUUACACUCUGACGAGUCCGCGACAGUCCGAGGAGGGAUCCGUUCGUUCUCUCACCAGCGACGACGUGGACGACCUGAUAAAGCAAAACGAGCACAUGAUGUGGACAAACGUGGACGUCACCAGGACGACUCCACGUCGUUCAUCUCCCGUCCCCGAGAUGAAUAAAGCGAAUCUAGACGAGAAUGGCAAAACGACAGCUGUGUUGGAGAACGAGCUUGAUCGAUACAUCAGCAACAUUCGGAAGCUGCACCGGGAGCACGGCGUGCCGAGCUUGGACGAGUUGGACCACGAGCAGAACACCAGCGGCGAUCUUCUGAACGUCACGCUGUCAGAGGACGCCCUGGAGCUUUCGGCGGAAGAACGCGCGAGGAAGGAACGAGUGCCCGAGGAGAUGGGCAAGGUUCUGGCAUUGGCCGACGAUCUCGUGACCAAAACGGCAGAGAUCGCGCGAGAAGAUAAGGACGAGCAAACCGACCGCGAUAAAGCAUCCGCGGUAGAUAAAAUUAGACACCACAAUGCGUCGAAGUUUGAGGAAACUCGCGAAGGACGCAAGACUUUGGUAAAGACCGAAAUCAGAGAAGACGUUGCGGAACAUUCGACGAAAUUAGAGCAGCCGCGCGAUGACGUGGAGAUCGCGAAAGAGAGCAGAAACAAUUUCGCGGACGAUUCGACUAAAGUGCAGGCGCGCAAUCAAGAAGCGUCUGGUGCAGAACAAGUCGACACGAAAAAGUCCGCGAAUAACAGACCGGAAAUUGAUCAACGGAAAAAUGUACAAGAAAAGAUGGAUCUACUCGAUCUUGUCACCGGCGAGGAAUCGGAUAUCGAGGGAAUAUUCGACGUCGCCGAGAAACUGGAACCGUGGAACAUAGAGAGCGUGGAGAAACAAGUCCGAGAAUUACGCUUGAACAAUUCGGAUCGAGAGAAAACGGGAAAAGAAGUCGAAGAGACGACGGAUGCGAUCAACGUAAUGGCGGAUGAAUCGCGCAGUUUGCCGCAGUUAGUCGAGCAAAGCGACGUGAAACGAAACGGCGAAACGGAAAGAACGCCGCAGGACGCGCUUCCUCAGCCGGAAAUAGAAACGAAAAAGUCAGACACAAGCGAGGGAAGCGAGUCCAACGGGAGAAACGAGGACAAUAAUAAAGACGCAAUCUCUUCUCAAGUUUCUUCCUCCGAAACUUCGAACGAGAAUCAACAUCAAGAGCCUAAGACCGACAAUUCCGCAUUGCAGAUAAUUAAAGAACCAACUGGCGAAUCAAAUGACAUUGACAACAGAACGCAAAAUAACGAGGAAACGACGAAGCCGACGGAGAUCGUCGAUCAAUCUGAAAAAACUUACGAAUAUGAGCAAGGAUACGUCGAGGAUCCGAAUCAGCAGCAACAGUACGAACAACAGGAUCCGAACGAGCAGUAUCAGUACGAGCAGAACGUACCGUACGAAGGAAACGGCAACGAGGAGUACAACAGGUAUACCGAUCAGGGAUACGCUCAGGAAGGUCAGGAAUACGUCGAGUACGUAGACGGCCAGUACGAACAAUACGCCCAGGAUCCCAAUAAUCAGCAGUACCAGCAGGAUCCUAAUAAUCAGCAAUACCAGCAGGAUCCCAAUAAUCAGCAGUACCAGCAGGAUCCCAAUAAUCAGCAAUACCAACAGGAUCCCAAUGAUCAGCAGUACCAGCAGGAUCCCAACGCGCAGUACGAGCAGGAUCCGAACCAGGCGUACGAUUACAAUUACGAUCCGAACCAGGAAUACGCGGCCGAUCAGCAGUACGAUCCUAAUCAAGGAUACGGCGCCGAUCCUAACAAUCAGGCGUACGAUUACACCGAGCAGACGCCUUACGAUUCCAAUCAAAUGUACGACAACACGACGUACGAUCAAUACAAGGAGGAGCAACGCAUCGCCGAUGAGGGCGUCGUUGACGUUGUUCACGAGGAAGAAAAACCGGCAACGAAAGAAACCUCGCGGAGCGAGACAAAUCCGGCGGAACGUAAAUCAGACGAGGAUAAACCGCGAGAAGAAGACGUUGAUACAACGAAUCAGUCGAGGAAGAAGAAGGACGUGAUAAAGUCUUUGCUGGACUCCGACACGGACACGACGACGAUCGAGAGAAACGCCUCGAACACGGAGAGCGACUUCGAUUUCAAUUAAACCGAAACGCUAUAGCUGUAGAUAAACUCCUGUUGAUAAGGACACAAGUGUAUUGCGCGAUUCGAAGAAAGACGCGCGCGCGCGCGAAUCUCCGAUUAUACAUAUGUACACAUUAGUGAGAGCUUUACGUUCGAUUUGUUCAAGGGAAGCGCAUUCUCCGGAUAUUAAACUUAAUCUCAAUUAGAAUUUUAAUCAAAGUCCUCGAAGCGAGAGAAAUUUAUUAUUAGUUUCAAUUGCGAGGUUUUGCUCUUAAGUCAAGCGCAGAGACGAACGAUCGAAAUCAUGAAAAUAUAAUAACACACAAUAGAGUAGUGUAAAAAACCAAUACAUAGUUUCUCUCUUUUUUCUCUCUCUCGAGUGUAUGCGAAACAUAUGUAUCGAAUUACAUAAUUUGCUCAUCCAUGAUCUCGUUUGAGAGUUUCAGUCUAAGGCCAAGUUCACAGCCGUGUGCGACGUGAACUGUUGAACCCUCCAACAGCCAAUUAGCCCGCCACGUGUCCUUUCGCUUUUAUAUAACGUACUUGACGUAUAUAUACUUGACGUAUAUAUAUAUACG